AGAUCCUGUAACUAGUUUCCACAUUUCUUCAGUUGAAGAUAAAAGCAGAUCAGUGCAUUUUAGCAAUGUACUCAAGGAUAAAAUUUCGGUCGAGGCCGUUGUUAGCGAUAUUGGUGGUGAUAAUCUUGGCGGUGUUGACAACGAUGAUGUUGACGAUCACAACUGCGUCGAAAACGAAAAGGUUGAACUCCCUCCGGAUGAUGAUAAUUCUGUUCCGUCACGGAGAUCGUGCCCCAAUAAAGACGUAUCCCACGGAUCCACAUUUAAACUACCCUUGGGUAGGCGGCCUAGAAGCUUUACAACCGCGGGGUGUCGAGCAAGCCUUCGAAUUGGGAAGAAAUUUCAGAAAUCGUUACGGUUUGCUGCUACCCUCAGAUGGAUUCUACACUAGACAUAAAAUUCAUGCCGUCAGCAGCUACUACGAACGAUCUAUUAUGAGCAGUCAAGCGGUUUUGGCUGCAUUUUUUCAGCCUCCAGAGGAUUCGUUUAAAAUCCCGAUAAGGUGGCAACCAGCUGCUUUACAUGUGAUUCCAGCCAAAUCCGACAGCAUUCUUGCCCAGGAGCGACCCUGUCCGAAGUUUGAAGCCGAAUUUGAGAAUUUCAAGCGCCAAGUUACUCCGGAGUUCGAACAAUGGUACGCCGACAGUUUGCCCGAGUUUGAGUACAUUGAACAGCACAGUGGAUUGAAGAAUAUGUCCUGGACUGAUAUGGUACUGUUUUAUGACUUAUUGGAAAUUGAAAACAACUACGGCUUGGCGCUUCCAGAAUGGGCAAAAAGACUUUUCCCCACCAAAGCUAUCGAGUACUAUAAAGGAAUACUUAAAACUUACUCGGCAACACCGAUAAUGAAACGACUCCGAGGAGGGGCCACAUUGAGUGAAUUUCUCUCCAAGCUUAAGGCCAAAGCAGCUGGCAACCUCGAUCCCGAUAGGUCAAUUUUCCUAUAUUCGGGACACGAUCUGACCCAGGUUAGUUUGCUGGACAGUAUGGGAGUCUUGGAGCAAGCAUCCGAGAAACCUUCGUUUGCAUCGGCCGUUGUAUUUGAACUGCACGAGAAUCCUUCAUUAGGUGGACAGCAGGAAGUGAGAAUUCUGCAUUAUGGAAAUUGGUCCGUACAAGAGCCAAAAUUGUUGGACAUUCCUCGGUGCCCUGCUCCAUGCUCUUUGAGCAAGUUUGAAACUGCGAUGCAUGACAUAAUUUUACAAAAUUAUGAUGAGGAGUGUACAAUAUAAAUAGAAAAAUAAAUAUUGUAAAC